GACCUUUAGUCCGUGUUUACCGUCGUCGGCGUGAGGGUGUCCGUUAGUGCGUACUACAGUGUUUCGGGUUUUCUCGUUUUAUUUUUAUUUUCUCCCGUUUUCGCGUAAAUCAUAAUAAUUUCGUUCGUCGCAAACAAGUCGACUGCGUUUUCAUAUCGCAUACGACUCAACGCAUUUUUUCGCCCUAUCGUCUUUUAACAAGAAUAUUUUCAUUUUUUUUUUUUUUUUUAUCCCUUGUUUACCGAAUUAGUGCGACGUGCCUGUACACACAUCGACCUGAACGAAACAUAUUUUCAUGUCGAGUUUUGCGUUAACAUUUGUUCUGUUAAGUAUGACGUGACGGUGAGACAUUUGCGAAAAGGCUGCAGUCGAAAAAGCGGUCGGUUGUGAAAGAUAACUUAAGUUUACACGGGGUCGUGAUUUUUCCGCCGUCCAUCUGAAGAUUUCUAACAAGAUCAUACAUGAAUUGAUAGUUAUAAGGAGUCUGAUGGCACAGCAAUGAGGUCGAUAAAUUUGAUUUGGCUAUGUUCCCUCCUGUUGUUGAGCUUCAAAUGGGCCAACGCUACAGACUUGUCUCAAUGCAUGUCAGCACUCGGCAUGGAGUCCGGUGCAAUAAAAAACAGCGAUCUAAACGCUAGUUCUUCUUUCGAAUACGGAAAUGUCGGACCGCAGAACGCCAGAGUACGCACUGAAAAAGAAGGAGGUGCUUGGUGUCCGAAAGACCCGGUAACAAACGAUAUCAAAGAAUGGCUUGAAGUAAAUUUACACGAGGUUAGAGUUAUCACUGCGGUGGAGACUCAGGGCAGGUUUGGCAAUGGACAAGGUCAGGAAUAUACGGAAACAUUUGUGAUUGAGUAUUGGAGACCUAAGCUGGGAAAAUGGGUUCGGUACAGAAACAUAACCGGACACGUGAUACUGACCGGUAACAUCAACACGUACUUGGAACACAAACAAGACCUGAAUCCUCCAAUUUGGGCGUCGAAAAUUAGAUUCUUGCCGCACAGUUACCACACCCGACAGGUGUGCAUGCGAGUCGAACUCUACGGAUGUCCAUGGACAGACGGAAUUCUUAGUUACUCGAUGCCGCAAGGUGAUAAACGCAGUACAGAAUGGGAGUUCUACGACUCCACGUACGACGGAUAUUGGGACGAUGAACUGCAAAGAGGCCUCGGUCAACUCACCGACGGCAAAGUCGGACCAGAUCAUUUCAGACCGGCAUACUACGAUACCGAAAAAAAUCAAGGUUGGGUCGGUUGGAGAAAUGAUACAAGAGGUGGUCAGGCAAUCGAGAUUAAAUUUGAAUUCGACAAAAUCCGAGAAUUCAUUGGAGUUCAUAUUUAUUGUAACAACCAGUUUCAAAAGGAUGUACAGGUGUUCUCCGAGGCGAGUAUUUUAUUCAGCGUAGGAGGCAAAGUAUACUCGUCGGAACCGUUGACUUAUACAUACAUGGAAGAUAGGAUAUUCGAAACAUCUAGGAACGUCAGCAUCAAAUUACACAGGAGAGUCGGUCGAUUUGUUAAACUCAGAUUGUCUUUUGCUGCCAAGUGGAUCAUGAUCAGCGAAAUAACAUUCGAUUCUGACGUUGCACAAGGAAAUUUCUCCGAAGAAAUCAUUUCACCGCCAGACUUACCGACUCAAAAAGACGGAUCGGCUGCAAAGGACCAGAACCCUCUCAGACCGGAACUUUCAAUGCCUACGGCCAAAGACGAGGACCAGACGUACAUGGCGAUCAUAAUCGGUGUAUUGAUGGCCGUUAUCAUAUUGCUGGCGGUCGCCAUUUUCCUGAUCGUGUCUCGUCACAGGCAGAGGAAGUGUUUCGCCAGCCCUUUAGUGGGCAAAAGUGCGUUGUCCAACGGCGGCAAUACCGGAUGUCCGGGCAUGUCGUCCGGAAGUAGCUGCGGCACAGGCGGAAGUUACAAGGACGCUGGCACGGGUAGCUCGGUUAGCCAUCACGGCAACAGUCAUCCGGCCAGUUCCGUCAACGGAGGCGGAGGGCACCUGCACGAUAUGGACAGACUGAUUCAGCUGGACACCGAACCGUACCAAGAACCGUAUCACGCGCACACGCCGUUCUACAGCUAUAGCACGGUAGUGAUCGGGCGCAAUAUGGACUCGGGCAAUUCUACGUACGAAUAUGCUGUGCCCGAGACCGGAACCAUACCAUUACUCACGACUUCACCACCGCCUCCGCCGCCCCCGUCAGCUCCUCCUGUGGCUCCUGUCACGACCGACACGUUUGCCAGGAACAAAAUGUAUCCCACGGACGAGAGCAGAAGUAGUAAAAAAUCUUCGCAAAAACAAGAAUCUCAGACAGCACUAAAACGCCGACUCGAACAAACGCCUGUACCCGAAUUCCCACGGCAUCGUCUGCGUAUGCUGUCCAAACUCAGUGAGGGUAAUUACGGAGCGAUUUACGUGGCCGAAGCAGACAGCAUCAACGAAUACAACUCGAAUAUGACACUGGGCAAGCGACUGGUGGCGGUAAAGUUCUUCUCGCCAGCGCUAUCGGAAAAAGAAAGAGCCGAAUUGCAAAACGAUGUAAGAAUUUUGGCUGGUCUCGAAGACCAGAAUAUAGCUAGAGUGCUGGGUAUAUGCUCCAUUGAACAACCGCUGUGCGUAGUAAUGGAAUACAGUGAGCACGGUGACCUGAAUCAGUUCCUCAAAAUGCACGUGCCCGUCGAAGCUGCUCGAAAUCUUCCACCUUCUGUGAAGACCCUCAGUUUUCAAUGUCUGCUGUAUCUCGCUACGCAAAUAGCAUCCGGAAUGCGUUACUUGGAAUCGUUGAAUUUUGUUCAUCGCGAUUUGGCCACCAGGAACUGCUUGGUGGGUAAAGCGUACAAAGUGAAAAUUAGUGACUUCGGUACUGAUAACGAAUCUUACUCAUCUGACUAUUACAAACUUGACGGGAAGAUCGGACUUCCCAUCCGGUGGAUGGCGUGGGAAUCAGCUUUCUUAGACAAGUAUUCGACCAAAAGCGACGUCUGGUCGUUCGCCGUAACCCUGUGGGAAAUCCUUCACUUGGCCAAGUCGCGGCCAUACGAGGGCUUCACGGACCACCAAGUGGUGGAAAACCUGUCGCACAUGCACGUGGACGACGGUCUGUUCGAGUACCUUCUCCGGCCGGCGUGUAGCCGCGACAUCUACGAUCUGAUGCGCGAGUGCUGGAAACGACAGGAAUCGGACCGGCCCACGUUCCGGGAGAUCCAUCUGUUCCUGCAGCGCAAGAACCUCGGCUACGCCCCGGCUGCGUCAUGACGGUCGAGCGCUGGCAAACGUUCCGAGUUCAAUCGGGAUUGGCCGUUCGUCCUCCGGGAAAACGCGUCUUAUCUACCUCAGAGGGAGUCCAACUGAUCGCCGUCAAUCACGCACACUGCCUGCGCCGCGUAAACGAUAAUCGGUUUCACCGGAUCGACUCUAUCGCAAAACAAUUGCGUAUAAUUCAACUUUACUAAUGUGAACUACGGUCAUGUACGACUGCUCAUACGAGUCUAUCCGGCGCAAUCGAUCCUUUUCUCCUGGUCGCCCGAAACUGUUGGUCUGAUCGCGAACACCGCGAGAACAUCAUAUAUAUGUAUAGUGCAUGUGUGUGUGUGUGUGUGUACACAUACCUAUACAUGGAUAAAAUGUUUUGACAAUCUUUUUUUUUAUUUUUUCGAUCUACGUGUGUUAUCGUUGUAGAAUCAUGUAGCCCAACACCUCCGUAGAAAUCAGUCUCCUUCGCUCUUGCUGUUAACUGAGUUUUCGCAGAAUCGUAUUAUUGAACUUAUUUACGAAAUACUCCGCCGAACCUUUCAAUAAUCUCACGUAGUUCGCACGAUAUUGAUUUCAUUUCUGUCACGUGUAAAUAUAAUACAUAAUAUAUAUAUAGAUAAAUAUAUGUAUAUAAUGUACAAUAAUAUUGUAAAUGCUCUCUUAAUAGACUGAUAGAAAAAUAGGCAAUCUUUAACCGUACGAAUAGGGUUCCGUGUUCAACGUCAGAGUAAAGACUUUGAUCGCGUAUUUUCGCGCGCGUGAAAUAAUACAAUAACAUAUUUUUUUUUUUUUGUCGCGCAUGAUGGGAACUGUACCCGUCGAAAUUG